AUGGCUGACAGCGUGGUGGACAUCGACCCGGAUGGCGACGUCGUCCUUGUCUGCGGCUCAGCCGACAAAACCAAGCGACUUCGAGUUUCAUCGAAAGUGCUCUCACUUGCGUCGCCAGUAUUCAAGACCAUGCUGGGUCCUGACUUCAAAGAGGGCAAGCGGCUGUCCAAACACGGGUCACUCAACCUGCCGCUUCCUGAUGACGACGGCGAAGACAUGACCAUCAUCUGCAACAUUCUGCACUUCCGCCACAGCAAGCUGCCCAGGCAGCUCGAUACCAUCAAGCUGCAGGAUAUCUCCGUGCUCGCCGAUAAGUACAGUUGCACGAUGGCGCUGGGCCCGAUCGUAGAGCAUUGGGUCGAAGAACUCCGCAAAGAUUGUUCUGACGCCGUCAGAGUCAUCUUGAUCUGCGCUUCGUUUCGUCUACACUUGCCAUUGAUGUUCGGCGAACUUGGACGCGAGCACAUCCUGCGCUACAAUGGCAAAUGCACACUUGUUGGUGAUCGGCCUGAGCAAGAGGUUCUUCAGAAACUCUUUGAUGCCAUGAACGUCGAGGCCCUGAACGCACGUGGAAAGAUUGCGAAGUUUGUCGACACGAUGAUGGUCAUGCACUGUGAUACGGACAGCACGCACGGCUCUAAUUGCCCUCGCGCUCUCGACUACGUUGUUGGUUUCCUUCGAACACUGCGCCGUGCUGAGCUAUGGCCCAUGCACACCACCUCUGACCACACCCUGGAGUCUCUGCUGAGCAAGAUGAGAUCGGUCAAUUGGCAGCAGGUAGAACUGAGUACUAGGACCUGUGGUCACAGCAGCUGGACGGACACUUGCUUCUGCUCAAGCGGCAUGAGCAGCACCAACCCUACACUCAAUGGUAUAUUCACAAGUCGAGCAGACAAAAUUGUAAAGGAGAUUCCAGAGCUUUGUUUGGGAUGCGCGCUCGAAGGCGCAACUUGGAAGAAGGCCGAUUGUGAUCAUCCUCAAGGUUCAUCGUCACCAUUCGGGAUCUGA